GGGAGCGCCAAUCAACUUGUGGAAAACACGAUGUGACGCGCGCGAUAAAAAGCUUGUGGCGCGACUAGGGUCAUCUCUGUUCGCCAGAUUGCCACCCGCAUGGGCCCAUGGUCCGAGAAUGGAUCGUGAAGAGCGGCGUGAAGGCGGUGCAUUUCCGGAAGCAGCCGGUGCCGGACAGCAGCGAGCAAAAUGUGCUGGGCAUGCUGAAGGCGGGAGACAGCGUCUACGGGGAGUUUCUGCACAUCAGGCGAGCUUCUCGCGAAGCCGGCUUCGUGAAAAUUGGCCACGUGGAGCAGCAAGGCGGCAGCAAGUGGUUGGUGGCUGGUGCGGUCGGCGGCAACGCUUUGCUCACCAAGCACCCAACUGAGGCCGCAGAGAACGGCAACGCAGUGGGCUACGCCCUGGAUGGAGAGCUGGUGGAUGGAGAGUUCCUCUUCUGCAUGCGCCGGGGUGAGAAGCGGGGGGGCUAUGUGAAGGUGAAGCACUUGAAGCCGGUCAAGGCUCGGCAGCUGCGUGCCGAGCCGCCGGUGGAUCAGGAGGAGAUGGCACAGCUCGCCGCGGGGCUCAGGGCGCCCUCUGUGCAGCGCUGGGCUGUGAUGGACCCUGGCCAUGACGGUGCGUGGCUGCGCCGGGAGCCCUCCAGCAGCCGGAGCCCGGAGAACGUUGUGUGCCUAGUGCCCAAUGGUGCAGUGGUGGAGGGCGAGUUCUUGCAAGUUCAUGGGCCGCACGUGGGCUGCGUGCUCUUCAAAGAUGUGGAGCAGCAGGGCCCCAAGGCCUGGCGCGUGCUGCGCGCCACGCGGCUGCGAUCCUCCCUGGGCGACAAAGAGCUGGGCGCCGGGGAGAUGCUGGAAGGUGAGUAUGUCUUUGUCACUUACCUCAAGCGAGGCAAGCAUCAGGGCUUCAUUAAGCGUCACUACUUGGUCGCCAUGGCGGGAAACACCGCUGAUGGAGCCUCAUCCCCGCCGGUGAAGCGGCGGAAGACCUGAGAGGGUUGUGGGAAU